CUGCACAACGGACCUCGUUUGGAUGGGGGGGCGGAUUUUACGUGCAUUUCAUGAAGUUUCUUUAAAAGAUGCUGGCUGCAUGGGUUGGGAAUAGUGAAGGCAGAAGCAAACAGAGGUUGCACACAUCGGGAAGAGUUUAAACGAUCCGCCACUCCACUCACUCGACCAGACUGUUCUCAACUAUCCGGGAAGAAAGUACCGGCACUGGGAUUGGGACAGAAUGUGCUGGGUAUUCCCAAUCCUGCUACUCACUGCCCUGGGAGGAGGCUGGGGAUGUCAGCUACCUCACGACUGGAGACCACAAAGUGAAUCGUGUCGAGCUGAACUGGCCGAAAUCAUUAUCUACGCGAAGGUGCUGGCUGUCUACAAGGACACUUACAGUGUCUAUAACUACCUGCCCUGGCAAUAUGACACCGACCUCUUCUACUCGGCAGAGGUCGAGCUGCUGUGUGACCAGGCCUGGGGCAGUAUGUUAGAGAUGCCGGCUGGAGCCAGGUUUAACCUGACUGGACUGGGAUACUUCCCUUGCCACUCUUACACGGUCGUGGAAAACAACAUUUACUACUUCUUCGUCAGGUUGGAUGAGAAUUACAAUAUUGUGCCACACGGAAUAAAUUUCCAGGAUCCAAUUUUUCCAGAUACUACCGAGAACAAGCGUAUGUUUGCAAGUCUGUUCCAGUUCUCUAACUGUACCAGCGGCAUCCAUCAUCAUACCUUCAUGCCAGAGUGGGAACUGCAAGAGGAUAAUCGGCUCCUAUGCUCAACGGUGCAGAAAGCCCUUUAUGAGGAGGAAGAUCGUGUGAGGAAGCUCUCCCAGAAAGUGAAAUCUCUUGAAAAGGCCAACAACCAUCUGCGUGAGAAGGUGAAGAGGAUUAAGCGCUCCCUUCGACAGGUGAAAAAAGAGAGCAAGAGAGAAGCAAUACUCAUGAAGCAGAUCCUACAGAAGGAACAGAACAAGGAAAGAGGAAAGUUGAACGUCAAACAGGACACUGGCAAGCGACCCCUAAAGAAACCAGUCAAGAAACCAAUCAGCCAUAAACUGUAACAUUGCAGGCUUACUAAACAUAAGAGAUGUAAUGCUUCCCUUAUGAGUGGGAACAUGACACACAUGAAAAUUAUAUCACGAAACAGUACCACAUUAUAUGUUUGUUAUUUUUUGAGUAACUUCCCACAGUAGAACUUGAAGGGGUGAUCAAAAUCAAUGGAUCUGAUUUUAACUUUGCCUAAAGGGUUUUAAGUGAAUUGAAAUCUUACCUUAUGAGUGAGAAUAUAGCCUGCCAGAAUACUCUAAUCUUGGAAGAAAAGCUCUUGCUCAUGAAAGACUUCACUGAUAUACUUUAGUGGCAAUGGUAAUUCCAAGCCAAGCAAUAUAUUCAAGUCCAUUUGAAGCUUAUUGUUCCUGCUCCCUAUGCCCACACAUGGCCGGUUAACUUGAAUCGCCAUCACCAGCGAUCCAUUUACAUAGUAUUCGGGUGACUCUGUGGUUAAUUUAGACUAGAUUAGGUAGAUUGCUUCCUGUCAUAACCACUUUUCUUCUUUGUACUUACAAUGCUUUUUUUAAAAUUUUCUGUGCUUAGCUAGAACAAAUUUAUCUGAUCGAGUUUAUUUUUGUUUAAAGAUUCAUAGGUAAGUGGAAAGUACUACAGCUUAAGUACAUGUAUUUUCUCCUGGAGUUUGGCAACUUUGGCAGCUAUGGUAGUGGGGUUUGGUGGUAUUCUUAAAUUGCAGCCAUUUCUCCUGGAGCUUGGUAAUGCUUGGGAGGAAUUCUCAUGCAGUGAAUCAUCACUGAAUUUAUAACUUUCAUGGAGAGGGCGUUUAUUACAAUGAUUCUACUCAGUAACUUGCAGGAGAUGUUAUAUCAUGGUGAAUAUUCUGGGCUUGUUCAGUUCAUUUGAGAGGAGUCAGUUCCUGUUAAUUUAAGGGGGAAUCAUACAACCACAUCUCUCCCUUUGAAAAUGGUUAACCAACUUUUCAUUUAAUUACAAACACAAUGGCAUAAAUCACAGUGAAACAACAAUGAAAUAAACAGAAACAUCCAGAUGAACCUUUACAGCAAAAAAUAUCCUUAGAAAUAAGAUUAUUUUCCAAAGGCUUUUUGUUCUGUUAUGUUUGCAUUUUCAUUGAUAUACUGACUAGUUACAAUCUAUGUUGAGUUGUCACUGACAUGUAAUAAGUGAACUCAGUUUGUGCUGAAAUGUAAAUUUGUUACUGAUUAUAAGCCAAAGGGCCUUGUAUUAAUAAAACUUUUCUUAACUUU